AUGAGGCUGUCACUGCACGUCGCGGUGGUGGUACUGUCGCUGUACCACACAUGCAAAGCGGAGAGACUUGUGCGAGCUAUACCAAAUCCGAGCCAGAACUAUGCGGUAUUAGGCGAACCCAUAGCUGCGAACCUAGAUGAGGAUGGUUAUUUCUAUCCGAAGCCGAAGAUACCAUUCCCUCCACCGCCGCCACCAACACGACCUUCUCCACCUCCACAGACGAGGCCGCCACCACCCCCAACUCCGCCAAGGACACCACCACCACCGCCACCAACGAGACCUCCACCACCACCAUCACCGAAAACGCAAACAACUGGUUAUGAUUAUCCGAAACCAACUAUUCCUUUCACAUUCCCUACUCGACCACCACCCACAAGACCGCCACCACCACCUAGUCCACCAACAUAUUUACCUCCUACGCAACCAUCACCGCCACCUACCAGACCUCCUCCACCGCCACCACCACCUACUAGACCUCCUCCACCACCACCUACAAGGCCUCCUCCACCACCACCUACAAGGCCUCCUCCACCACCACCUACAAGGCCUCCUCCACCACCACCUACUAGACCACCUCCACCGCCACCAACCAGACCACCACCACCACCACCAACUCCACCUAGAACACCACCACCGACCAGGCCACCCCCACCACCUUCACCAAAAACGCCAACAACUGGUUAUGAUUAUCCAAAACCAACUAUUCCUUUCACAUUCCCUACAAGACAACCAACAACAAGAUAUCCACCGAGUCAACCAACAUAUCUACCACCAACACGGCGUCCACCACCACCUUCGCCACCACCAACUAGACCUACACCACCACCUACAAGACCACCUCCUCCCCGUACGCCUCCAACAAGGCCUUCUCCCCCUCCUAGACCACCCUCUACAUACAUACCACCAUCAAGACCAACGCCACCACCUACACCAAGACCAACGUAUCCAACAUAUACUGCAACUUAUCUACCACCAACUAGACGACCACCACCUACAAGACCACCCACACAACCGACAACCCCAAAACCCAUAACUUACCUACCACCUACACAAACUGCGCCGCCACCUACACCUCGUCGAACACGACCCACACCUCCACCGACCAGACCCACAUAUUCAACUAUAAUUCCAACAUAUAGAACCACUGGGUAUGACUACCCAAGCCCAAAAGUAACUUUUACAUUACCAACACAACCUACAUAUCUACCACCAACAAGAUCACCUCCCACUAGGCCUCCACCACCACCUACCCAGCCGCCUACCAGACCACCUCCUCCACCUACGCAACCACCCACCAGACCACCACCUCCACCUACGCAGCCACCCACCAGACCACCACCUCCCCCUACGCAACCACCAACCAGACCACCACCUCCCCCUACGCAACCACCAACCAGACCACCACCUCCACCUACGCAACCACCAACUAGACCGCCACCUCCACCUACCAGACCAACCUCAGGUUAUACCUACCCAAGGCCGUCAUCACCAUUCCCAACACCGACAAGACAACCUCCAUACACUAGACAGCCUAUUACGCCCCCACCAUACACCACAAGGCCACCAUUUGUACCAGACGAAGGUUAUUAUUACGAUCGACCAAGGGUACCAUUCGUAUUCUAA